CACUAGCGGGAGCCCGGGCGCUUCUAUCCCGGAGCGCGGUGGGGACUGGAAUUGCAGGGGCGGGAGGGGAGCGUGCAAGCGGGAUCCCGAGCCGCGGAGCGCGCUGCCCUUCGCUCCACCGCCGUUAACUCGGGAGCUGGGGUCCAAGCGCCGCCCAUGUAGCAUCCCGGCGCUCCGCCGAUCGAGAGUUGAUAAUAAAACCCUUAACCGUCUCCGCUGCGGGGAGCCAUGAGCUGUCUGGAUGUUAUGUACCAAGUCUACGGUCCUCCCCAGCCUUACUUCGCAGCCGCCUACACCCCGUACCACCAGAAACUAGCCUAUUACUCCAAAAUGCAGGAAGCCCAGGAGUGCAACGCCAGCCCCAGCAACAGCAGCGGCAGCGGCAGCUCCUCCUUUUCCAGCCAAACUCCGGCCAGUAUAAAAGAAGAAGAAGGCAGCCCGGAGAAAGAGCGCCCACCAGAGGCAGAGUACAUCAACUCCCGGUGCGUCCUCUUCACCUAUUUCCAGGGGGACAUCAGCUCCGUGGUGGACGAGCACUUCAGCAGGGCCCUGAGCCAGCCUAGCAGCUAUUCCCCAAGCUGUACAAGCAGCAAAGCACCGAGGACCUCCGGGCCCUGGAGGGACGGCUCCUUCCCGAUGAGCCAGCGCAGCUUCCCCGCCUCCUUCUGGAACAGCGCGUACCAGGCGCCGGUGCCCGCGCCGCUGGGCAGCCCGCUGGCCGCCGCGCACUCGGAGCUGCCCUUCGCCGCCGCCGACCCCUACUCGCCGGCCGCGCUGCACGGCCACCUGCACCAGGGCGCGGCCGAGCCCUGGCCCCACGCGCACCCGCACCACGCGCAUCCACACCACCCCUACGCGCUGGGCGGCGCCCUUGGCGCCCAGGCCGCCGCCUACCCGCGGCCCGCAGCCGUGCACGAGGUCUACGCGCCGCACUUCGACCCGCGCUACGGGCCGCUGCUGAUGCCCGCCGCCUCGGGGCGCCCGGCCCGCCUCGCGCCAGCCCCGGCGCCCGCGCCCGGCAGCCCACCCUGCGAGCUCUCAGCCAAGAGUGAGCCCUCCGGCGGCGCGUGGGCCGCGCCCGGGGGACCUUUCGCGAGCCCCGCGGGGGACGUGGCCCAGGGUCUGGGCCUCAGCGUGGAUUCAGGUUUGCAACCCCAGGACAAAAGCAAGGAUCUGUACUGGUUUUAGACAGCCCACCUUCUUCCCUGUAGGUCUCUGCGUAGUGCAAUUGGUGACACUCAAAGCUGAAAUCGAGUGGGUUUGUAACAGCUUCUGAUCUUGGUUUGCAGCUCGUCGCUACUCCCUCUGUGGAACAUCUCUCCUGAGCUGAUCCGCUGACCCAGGGUUUCCCCUCCCCUUUCCCUUCUGACCAGCCAAGGAGGCUCAGCAUCUCUGCCUCUCACUCCAUGGAUGAGGACAUGGGGGAAGGCAGAGACUUCAAACUUCUCCAUGUACUGGGAAAACCAAAACACACAUCGACAGAAAUUUCAUCUAAGAGUAAUUCCUUCUGGCAAAAGAGCAGAUCCAAAGACUGAAUUAUGUUUAACGACUUUUGGGCGGACCACUGGAAAUAUCUGUGGUGAGAUCACUUCGGUGAUAUGAUGUCAUAAGUUUUCUGGGAAAGAGGGAAAGAAAAAGACUUUUUAGUGUGAAUAUUUUUUAUGCUGAUGUGAAUUACUUCAUGAUGUAGUGUGAUCAUAGCACUACUGUUGUCAAUAUCCUCAGACUUAAAAUGUAUUUGUCUUUGCAUCGAAGACUGUGGUAGAGAAGUCAAAAGAAGCUAAUUCCUUCUUCCUCACCUCGUAGCCUCCAGCUCCCUUCCUGCCCACUCCCUCCCUACAACACCCACUCCAGACACAAAGACACACUUUUCCCUUUGGACUGUGAACAUGGAAGCCUCAGCCUGAAUGUGAGUGGCAAGUGGCUUAUCUGGAGCCACCUGCCCAAGUCUUACUGAAAUGCAGCUGUUGUGGGACAACUGUUUAAAACUCCAGAAAUACAUCGACCAAGGUGGCACUUCCCAGUGUUUGGCACAACAAUUGCAAUUGCACUGGAUAUAUUUUAUAUAUAUGUGUGUGUGUAUAUAUCAUAUUUUUUACAAGGAACAUUUUAUGAUGAAAGAAGAAACCCUUCUCUGCCUUCUCUCCCACAAAUUCUGUCCCUCCUUCUAUCCUCCUAUGAAUGAAAAAAGCAACAAGAGACCCCAACUGUCUCCAUGAAGAAGAACUAGGAAUCACCACAAGGGGAAGAAAUGUCCAUGGAGCCUCCAAUACCUCGAAUAUUUUUCUCAGUCUCUAUGGUCAUGAUUGGGUCACUUUAGUGUUGGGACAGGGGAAGGGGUCUAUGUGUGGGCAAAGCUCAAGGUGAUGAGGAAGAAGAAACGAACAUUAAAGAUGUCUAUUUACUACAAGAUCACUGUGUUAUUUCAUAAAAAGAAAAUAAAUGUCUUAGGUUUUCUCUAGCAGAAUAAAAUAACUUAUAGUAGUA